GGCAGCAAUGGCAGCUCGGUAGCGAUGAGGGGUGGAAGAAUUUUACCGAUUAGUUGUCGGAUUUUAGUGGCAUGGUUCUGUUUUUGAGCGUGCAUUUCAACAGCAUACGGACAUACUUUCACGAAGUGCAGCUGUGAGCGGAAUUAUGUCGACCAAGAACGUGAUAACGAAGGAGCUCAGUGACGGCAUCCGGCAUGUUCUGGACCGCAAUGUGAAGGUGUCUUUCAAGUGCAUGGUGCGUUUGGAAGUGAAGCCUGAAAAGACUGAAAACAGAGUGCUUGCAUUUUCAUCAUGUAGGUUCUUCAUUCUCACUGCCAAAGUUCCAACUAAGAUUGAACAUUCCUUUCACUACCUAGAAGUUCAGAGCAUAGAAAGUAAAAAGCCGAAUCAAUUAUGUCUGUCCAUAGAGAACAAGUUGUACACAUUCUACUCUGUGGAUCCCGAAUCCAGCGAUGUGGAUCACAUCAUCAUUCAGCUAGGAACUGCCAUCAAAACCAUUUUUCCCCAAGUGCCUUUAGACCUGAUAAUCCGCAAAGUGGAAGCUGUACCUGCUUCACGCCUGCAGCCCAUGAUAGAGUUCAACCAGUCAGCAGAGGCAUCCGACCCCGGUCCCUGCGGAAACUUUUCUACGCAGUACGCCUGCAUGUGUGAUUUCCACGGCCUCCCCUACAGGGACGACGUAGCCUGGGACGUGGACACUAUUUAUCUCUCGCAUGAUACAAAGGAACUUUCUUUGUUGGAUUUCGACCAUUUAGAAGCAAGGGACCUUGUGCCAAUUAUUUCAGCACUUUGUUACAAUGCAUGGUUUACAAAGUUCCGGGCAAGCAAUAUAAAAUUGGCAUCAGAUGCACUUGAGCAGGUUCUGCAAGUGAUGAAACGAUCUGUAUCCUUAGAAGAACUGUACCUGGACAAUACUGGUAUAAAAUGGGAUUUCGCUCACAAGCUGUCUAUGACUCUUAUCGCCAACCCAAACUCUCCACUCAACUCCCUCGACCUGUCGAACAACCUGAUCGAAGACAAAGGGCUGAGUAGCCUCUGUGGGAUCAUUGCCAAAAUUUCUCAAGGAAUGGGUCAGCUGUGUGUGCCACUUGGUAAACUUCACAAAGGCCUGACCCACUUGAACUUGGCACGUACAGGGAUAACGUCUAAGGGCGUCAGUGCACUUGCCCAUGCUCUAUCCAUUAAUCGUGUCAUGCCAUCCAGCCUUGCCUACCUCAACCUCAGUGAUAAUGUCUUCAAGGAUGACAUUAAUAACCUGUACAACUACCUUGCUCAGCCGAACUCCCUCGUGCACCUUGAUCUUUCGGGGACGGAAUGUGCGCUGGAAACCGUGUUUGGCGCUUUGUUGCGUGGCUGCACGCAGAAGCUGGAAUAUCUAAACCUGUCGCGCAAUGUGUACAACGCCAAGAAGAGCAAGGAUGUCCUGGUUCCACCUUCCUUCAAGACAUUCUUUUCGAGCACUGUGGCACUUAAACAUCUCAACAUGUCGAACGUGCGCAUGCCUACGGAAGCUCUCAAGGCGAUGCUGUUAGGUCUGGCAUGCAAUGAAAUCCUUGCAGAGGUUUCCUUGGACCUUAGUUGCAAUGACUUACGAACGCAAGGUUCUCUGGUGCUGGAGUCCUGCCUUCCUGGCAUUCGUUGCCUUCACAGCCUUGAUAUCAGCGAGAACAAUUUUGAUCAAGACUUGGCAAACAUCAUUGCUGCUGUAGGGAGGAAUCCAUCCAUCAGGCACCUUUCAAUAGGUCGAAAUUUUGCGAACAUGAAGCCUAAGCACAUCACGAGGGUAAUGGAUGCAAUCGUACAAGUCAUCCAAGAGAAAGACUCCACAUUAGAAUUUCUCUCGGUUGCCGACUCAAAGUUGCGAGGAGAACUGUGUCUUGUGAUCAAUGCUUUGGGUAGCAAUCAGUGCCUCACUGCCAUUGAUAUCACGGGCAAUUACAUGGGCCUGAACGGAGCAAAAACAUUGGCCAAGGCGCUGCAGAUAAAUUCGAAACUCAGGCGAAUCCUGUGGGACAGGAAUUCUACACCACCUCAAGGAUUUCAGGACAUUGCCUAUGCAUUAGAAAAGAACUUCACACUAAAGUUCAUGCCCUGCCCUAUCGUGGACAUCACAGCAGCCAUGAAAAUUGCGCCUGAACGUACAGAGGCUGCAUGGAAGAAGAUAUCAGAGCUGCUAAACAGGAACGUUUCUCCAAAGAAGUACAGUAACGGACAAGCAUUCAGGUUGCAGCAGGGAUUCCUUCUAAGCUCAACACAGCAGAUGGUGGAUCGGUGGAUGCUUCACCUCCAAGACGUGAUCAAAUCUGCACGAGCAUCUUCUCAGGAGGACAUAACGUGCACAGAAGAUGUCCAAAAAGCUGAGGGAUAUCUGAAGGACGCCACCAGUGCAAAACAGCUGCUUACUCGCCUCCAUGAGGUUGUAUUGCAGCAGGAAGAAGCUGGGAACCCAAUUGAGAUUAAAUUACAGAGCUGUGUCGAUGAAAUGGAAAGAACUGUGAAUGCUUACCUCAAGGGCACUGCAGCCAACAUGCUCAAAUGUGUUGAAGACCAGUGUCCUACUAUCAUGUCAGAUGAGAAAGUCCGUAAAGAUGUUGAAGACAUCUGUUGCGAACGGGGUUGCUUCCCACAGGAACUUCUGCAGCGAUCGUUACUUGAUCAAGCAGGCACGGACAUUCUUAACAGGGUUAGCGAGAUCAACUUGACAAUUGCUGCUCAUGUUUCGGAUCGGAUUGUUGAUGAAGUCAUUGAAUCUUUGCCCCGUAGCCACAGAGACCUUGUUGACAAACUAAACAAACAACGAAGCUCUACACCAGAUGUCUUACGCAGUGGUCUGCGACCAGAGAGUCAUGGAAUGGACUCCCAUAUGGACAGGGACAGCAUUAGUGAGAGUUCGGACUCUCCGUUGCAGUUGGCGUGGUUGAAUUUAGCCACCCCAAAGCUGCAAGUGAAAAGAAAGAGUAUGCACUCCAGGAAGUUAAGACCUCAGUCUGUCGUAGACAGUGUAGAAGGAAUUGCGGCUGACUGCAUACCAGAUCUACUACCUAAAGAUUCUGAAGCGGAUAGCCUUCCUAAUCUGUCUCCGACGUCGGAAAAGCUUGAGCACCUUGGAAAGGCUCGGCCACGACGACCCAAGACACAUGCGCCAACACGACCGUGUCUACCGACAGGCGAAAGCAGAGAUGAUUUGCACACCCUGGUUGAGGGCCUCGAUUCAUUCUUCAAGGGUCAUCCUUCAUCCUCUACCCCUACCCUUUCUCCUGACUCGGAGGAGAUGAGGCUAAGAAGCGACAGCAGCACUUCAGCAAGCAGCUCUAUUUUGAUAACAGAUACUAAAUCUCCAGAUAAGGCGUUGGCUCAGGAAAAAUCUAAGGACAAGACUUUGACUGAGAAGUCUGAGAAUAAAGAGCCAGAAAAGAAAGGAUUUAUGAAAGGCAUUAGUAGCCUGUUCAGUAGAGUGUCAUCUUCAGAGGCAACAGUCACGCAGAAGACUCGCCAGGAAUCAAAAGAGACAACCAUCACAACAUCGGUCACUCGGACAAGGCAGGAGUGUGAAACGUUUUCUGAGAAGAAAGUAAAUGGUGAAGAAGUCACCGAAACUAAAGCUGUUGAUGCCACUGCUUCAAGACUUUCUGCUGUGGAAAAAUUUGGUUUGGGCCAUGGCUCUGGACUUUUGGCAGAAAUGAAGGCUCUUCAAGGCAAGAGGACCGCUGCAGGUGCAGGUGCACAAACAAAGGCUGCCUCAGAAGAGAAAUCUGGAAACAUGGCAGAAUCUCCCAAAGAUCUGUCCCCUGCCGCCUUUCCGUCUAUUCGGUUGAAGUCUACGGGGCUGGCAGAUUCACUGCGGUCACCUACAGACUCGUUUCCAAAAGAGAAGGGUCCUGGAAGCCCAACCAUUCUAGAUGACCAGAGUCCCUCUUCACAGUCAGGCAGCACACCAGGGCACUCUCCUAAAGCGUUUGCAGCCCUCAAAGGGAAACCUCCGCCUCCAGUUGCUCCAAAGCCAAGGCCUAAAUCCAUGGUAGGAGGUGUGGAGUCCAGGCUAUCCGGUGACUUUUCUCCUGAUGAGUUGUCACGAACCAGAGCCAAAACACCCGAUGAAAUGGAUACUGCAGACACCAUCAACAGGAAUGAGAGCAUAUCAAGAAGCACAUCCCACACUAGAGAAUCUUUUGAAUUCUCGUCGGUGUCUAUGUCGUCGCUAACGUCUACAGCGAAAGCAUCAUUCCUGUCUGAAUCUCCACUGAGGUCUUCCUGCCGCGUGUCAACAGCAUCACUGGGGAAGGAGAAACAGGAGGACGAUGAUACAAAGGCUGACUCUGGAAAUUCAAGUGAUGAUAUUGUGGAUGUCUGAAGGCAUAUGGCAAGUAUGAUGAAAGUUAGUGUGCACAAAAACACAUGUUGCCACACCAAGACUUUCUGUGAGCGUGCUUGUGAGUUGAACUGCACUUGGAAUAGGUAUUGACUUUUAAAUGUACAGUCUAGAGUACAUGAGGGUGUACAUAAGAGAUAUUUGUUUAUUAUGUGUAUUCAUUGGAAUAAUGGUGAUAGCUCCAGACAUUGUCGGAGAUCUUGGACGGUGACAUUUUCAGUGCUAGCAACGAGUUUUCAGUAGCCACACAUGACCCACGUGUCAACUUUGUAGUUUCUAACUGUAGUCUCCACAUUGUAAUCAACACGGUGAAGGAGCUUCACACAGAUGCAGGAAAGUAACGUAAUUCUCUCAUUGUAUAAUCGACAUAAUAUGUGUGGGUAUGCGUCGCUUAUAACAUGGAGAAAAGCCACUCCUAACGAACAAAUGAGAUGUGAGUAGGAAUUGCAGUAAUCAUAUCCACGAGCACUUGAGAGUCUACUGAAGGACUAGUAAUAAAGUGCGGCUAAUCGUUUAAUCACUCUGGAAAGUAACUGUUUACACUUAGCACUGUCUGUCAGUCUAAAGUGUGUUACACUUUCCUAAGCCUUUAUAUGUGCAUGUAGCGGCAUGUAUUACAUAUUGCAAUGGUCACAGUUAUAUUCUUGUCUCUGGGCAGCAGUCACUCGAAUCACCCACAGCACUAGAAAGCGAUCUCUGCACUGGAAGGUAACCCAUAAGAAAUGCCGUGGUUACUGGAUCUUGCGCUUUGCAAGUUGUGAACUUCUAUGAUCAUCCAGUACCGUGUAAAAUCUCAAUAGUAGUAUGCAAGCUGAUAUGAACAAAUGAGAGAAACGUAGUCACUCCAGCUUACAAGUGUAUGGACACAGACAGUUCUUGAUCAAGUUUUUUUUAAAUGACUGUGUGCGAACAUUGACAACGAAAAUCGAGUCGCAGUAUUGGUACGUGGUGGCAUUCAUGAUGUUAUAACCUGCGGUAAACAGGAGGCGGGAGAAUAUGUUUAUUAUUUACAAAAAGGGAGGGAAAGGUUAGCCUGCGCUAUAGUGACUUGCUAUUCCCAACAAAGAAAGAAAGAACAAAGAAGAAAGAGAAGAUAAACAAAAGGGACAAGUAAAGUAUGGUGAAGAAAGCACUUGCAACACCUAGUACUGCAAGCAGUACCACAAUGCCUUCGAAUUUGAAUGUUGCAUGGAACCUCAUGUGUAUUGGGGAAACAGCAUGGCAGUACAACUGAAGCCCCAGUAUAUUUAGGUAUGGCCAUAUAUAUACCAAACUGGGGAAGCUAUUUGGAAACUCUUUCUUGCAUAAUACUAUAGCAGUACUAUGCAUGCGUUUAGAUUAUCAACAGGGCCCCGUGACUUUAAACACUGAAAACUUGUAAAAAGGCAAACAUAUGCGGGAGAAUAUGUGAUUAUGUAUUAAAAAUAUCUGCUAUUAAGAAUGCAAACUCUGCUGCUGCACCGUAAGCUCUACUACUAUAUUUUUGCAGCUGUUAUGUUUUACUUGAAUGAGUAAGGGGUGAGCAGUUCAUGUCCAAAAAAAUUGAUCAAGUGGUGUUUGAGGCAAUUUGUAAGCUGAGCCAUGCUUAAAGUAAAACUGGUAUUUCCAGCAAUCCUUGAUCUUCGCAAAAUUGAUUUUAUUGAAUACCUUAUCUCUAUAUUGUCAAGUCAAUCCACUUAAGAAAUGUGAAAUAACUCUGAAAAGAAAGGAGACUUUCCCCAGCAGCUCACACGAAACACAUUUUGUGAGAAAAACAUGCACGUGAGAAACGUUGCAUUGUUGGUGUGACACUUAAAAGCUGAACGAAUUCCACUGUAAUGAAAAUCUCACUCUCAAGUCACAUGUCAAAGAUGAGAUGCAUUUCUCAGUCUUUUCAUUGCCUUUUAUGAGUGAUUGGCCCUGUAUUGUUUGUAGCUGCCGGUCACAUUUAUAUUUUAGAAGGUUACGCAAACUGCCCCAUAAUAGUGUGUACCACAGCGAAAUAGAACCACACUAUUUUCUUCCCACACCCUACUUCAUCAGUCAUUGAUUCCUCUGGGACAAAACACCUUCAACCUUGAACAGAAAGUCUGUAAUCUACCAAAACUAAUCCAAGUUACCGGAACUGUUUUCUUUCUGAGGCACACAUCAGUUGACAUUCAGCCCGUAGUUUAGGUACCAAAUUUCUCCAACACGUUGCAUGUUAUUGCAACACUAGAUAGUGCAACCAAAAAUGUUGUUCUGGUCAGCCAUAAAAGCUUUCCAACAGAAGUAAAAUGCUGUCGCUCUCUGUUUUGCAAGUUAAACAUAUCUGGCUUAAGUAUGCAGUAGUUUAUGUCAAAUAUUUUUACAUUGUCCCAUGCAGCAGCAUCUUACUUACACACAUCUUAUUCAUUUGUUAAUCAUAUAUGGUUUUAUUACACACAGCCACAAGCUUUAUGUGUAUUGUGCAGGUUGAGGUGCGUGUGCAGCAUUAAAGAAUUGUGCAUUUGCAUUAAGUCCCAUGCCCUAGUUAGAUGACUAAAACAUCCUAUAGUGGAGAGCUGGUGAACCUCGGUACGUAUCUGCAGACAUUUUGGUGGUUAAGUUACUGGACGCUCCAAGUUCUUCACACAUAUAGUACUUGGAGAAAAAGAUGGAUUGUGUCAUUUGCUAUCAUUGAUGGAUUAUGAAUGACUAAUCAACAUCAUUAGAUGGAGUAGGGGAGAGUAAAUUCUGUUUCAGCACUGAGAAAGGUGUUAACACAUGAACAAAUAAAGAAGAGAAAAUAUUUGACUGCAAUAGCUGUUCUGCAUGGCAUUUUGGCACAUAAGCACAUGGCUUUUUAUGUGUGCUAUGAGCCAUAUGUAAAUUGAUGCAUGCAUUUUUGCUGGUACAUGCUGUAAUUUUGUGGUCUUCAAUCAUGCUUCAUGUAAUGUCACUAAUAGCUAUCGCUUCUGAUUCUGGAAGUGAAAUCACAUACCUUAGAAAGUCAUCCUCACUAAUACACACAACAUUCAGUGUCACAGCUUAUUUUAAGUGUUUGAAAAUACGCUAAGGCUAUGAACUGUUGACGGUCACACGCAAAAGUUUCGCUGUACAGCAAAUCUGCAAACAGUUCCUGGCCAUGUUACUCGAAAAUCAUGCUACAAAUGCAAUACAAUUUGCGUGUGUGCUUGAACGUGCAAUGUAUAAUAUGCCAUUUUGGUGCAAUGUCAUGAUCUCUGGCAUAAAAGGUUUGACUGUUGAUUGCUUCGCAUAUGCAGUGGUGUAACACACACCUCUAUUUAUUAUUGCGGCUGCGACAUUCUUUUUGUCUCCCUAUUUGUUCGUUUCAUGUGUUCUUGAGCAGAGCAGAGUACAUGCAGACGUGCAAGUAAUUAUUUAGCACCUUUAAACUAACACUGAAAACCAAAUGUAAAAAAAAAAGAAAGCAAAAGUAGUAUGGUCGUGAUAGCCACUACAGCAUGUGUAGCUCUAACAUCUCUCUUGUCUUUUCCAUAUUGUACGCAUAAAAUUGAAGUAGAAUACCACAUACACCUUUGCUUUGCUAGCACACACUUAACAUUUGUGAGAAUAGCUGCUCUUCGGUUAUUUAUACAAAAUGUGCAUCUUGCAUUAUGACCAAUUUAGUUGUAUACUUGUUAGAGCACUGUACAUAUGUACUACAGGAACAAUGCUGUAUGGAAGGAAUCGCUGUUGCAAGUUGCUCAAAUCUUGCACUGAUGCUUGUGAUGGGUCUUUAGAUGUUUUGUGCUGUGACAUAUACACGGCACUGAGGCACUGCAGGACCUUUGAGGUAGAGAAAUGGACUCCAGUGAAGAUGCCGGACAAAACUGCUGCUCAAGUUUUUACACCAUGAUACCAGGAACUGCCCUUUAGAAAAUGUCUCAUGCACAUGACAAAAACUGUUUUAUUUGUUGUACUUUUCGUGCAAAAAUUUGUUCUGGCUAUCUGUUGCAUAUAAGAGUCGCGUUUAUGGAGUUGUGGGGCUUAGUUGAUGAGGCUAGUGUGGUGCACUAAUAACUGGCUGUCAGAGAGUGCAGUACCUGUAAGGAAGGGGGACUUGUAUUAAUUUGAAGCAACAGGCUUAUGUGGCACCUUUAUAAAAAUCUCUCUAAAAUGUGUCAUUUUUGGUGGUGUUUGUUUCAUAGCAGCACAAUAUACAGAAUCGAGUGCAUAGGGAUGGAUUCCACACAUUUUUUUUGUCCACCCAGUGCUGUGAAUUGAAGCAUUGCUCUAAUAAGGUGAGUGCCAACCACCCCUAUGCACUUUAACUUUUGUUGCAUCGAGCUUCCUUGGUCUGUUUCCUGUUGCUUUUCACAUUUUAAUGACCGAAUUUUAGUGAACCAUACAUUCCCUGUUGUUUUGUGAUAAUGCUUUGUGCGCUAUAAUUCAGUUGUAGAAUACAUAUAUGUGUAGGACGUUUCUUUUAAACCUGGGAAUGCAUCGCAAAAAAUGUUUCUGUAACAUUUUGCAUACCUGCAAGUGCAUGAGUGCCAAGAGCCCAUUACCAUUCUUAUCUGGUAAAGGCACAAAAAGAAAAAAAAAGGUGCAAUUCCAUGUUCCCGUUUGUUACGAGCUGUCGGUGUUACGAGUCAGUUUGUUUACAAUAUUAUAUACAAAUCUUCAGAGGACUUUCUGAGAGUUGUGAUUUGUCUCUUGUGUAAAGAAAGUAGGAGCUGUGAUACAUGAAGUUUUGUAACACGUGUACUUCAUGUAGAGGGUAACAAUAAUGGUGCAAGUCUCCUCCUUGCUGCAAUUGAACAAGGCAUAUUAGUGACUGGCUUUGGUUAUGAGAAUUUCUACAAAUAAACUUUGUAUAGUGUGUGACGA